AAGAAGGUUUAAGUUGUAACAUUAUUUUUUUUAACAGAUAACCUUCUUUUUCUAAAUUAAUGGCUAUGAAAAAAACUUUUGAGACGACGUUGCCGUAUGGUAGACAUUUAGACACAUUUAGUUGAUUAAAAGUUCAUUGUUUAUUUUAUGCAGUAUGCACUAUAUUCCUAGACUUAACCUAAUAUAAAUAUAACAUUAGAAACUUAAAAACCUUCUGAACAUUCCAAAAAAACAUGAAAUGGUAUACUAUAUCAAUACAAUAUAAACACGAAUGAGAAACCUAAUAAUAUCCUAAAGUAAAGGCAGAAGAAAACAUGUGAUAAAAUCUUAAAAUGUGGGAUAUAUUAUCCAAAUUUGCGUUCAUAGUCGGAUUUUCUAUAGGAUUGCUAAUUGUGUGUAUAAAGGUAGAAAUAUCACACAAAACAAAACACCAUUUAGUAAACAGAAAGUGCUUAGAAAAUAGAUAUAAUGUGUGGAUGAGAAAUCAAGCUUUUUCAUAUGUUCCUGUUAGUAUGGAUACUCUGCGCUAUGGCUCAAAGAAGCAUUUCCUUGAAGCACAAUAUUUAUUUCAGAAAAUUAAGAUAACAUGCAUAAUACUGGUUUACAAACCAAGGUACAGAGAUGUUUCAAAUGCAACAUGGGCACAAAGUUGUAACAAUAUUCUGUUUCUUAAUAUGACCAAAAGUUUAAACAAAAUUCCUAUAAAAAGAACUAAAGAGAAUUCUUCAUGGUCUCUACUGUGCAGAUCACUUUUAAAUAUUUCAAGCAAUAUGGAUUUUAAUUGGGUGCUUAUUGUGAAAGAUGAUACAUACGCAAUAGUGGAAAAUUUACGUUUUAUGGUGGCAAGCUUGAACUACCAGGAUAGUUAUUAUCUAGGCCAUGGAAUUUCAAGUUGGGGCAUUAACUAUAACAGUGGAGAUGCUGGCUAUGUUUUAAGUAAAGGUAGUUUAACAAAGUUUCUGAAUUACAUGAAUUCAUCCCAAGGAUGUUUCGAAGGAAAUACUUUUAUGAAUAAAGAAGAUUACUAUCUAGGAAAAAUAUUAACUGCAAUGGGAAUACAGCCAUUUGAUACUAGAGACUGUGCAGGUUUUUCUACAUUUUAUGGUUUUAAUUUACAAAAACUCUUUCUUCCUGGUUCUACAACACUUUCAAGUUAUUAUACAAAAAGCCUGUAUCCUGUCAAGUGUUGUAGCCCUUAUUCUAUUACAUUUAAAACUACAAGUGAAGAUAAAAUGUAUACUUUCCACUAUUUGCUAUAUAAAUUACAAAUAUUUUAUGAAGGCAAUUUAGGAAAUAAACCCAGUUCUAACUUACUGUCUGAAAAACAGGUUUGGCAGUCUGUUUUGAGGAACAACAACAUUUUUGUGGAUGAUAUAAGCCCUGAAGAUUAUUACAAGCUUUGGGAAAAUUUAGUGAAUGAUCCAAAUGUUUUUGCUCAAAAAAUAAGACAAAAUAAUAAAAUAGGUGAAGACUAAUGAUUUACUAAUAUUUAUUCUUAUUAAAAUGUUUUAUAAGUGCAAUUACUCAAGAGGUUGUUAAUGUAGAUUUACGAAUAUAUAUUAAAAUACGUAUUUUAUUAUUUUAAGAUUGAAGUAUUGUGAUAAAAUACUAACAUUCCUUUUUAUAGAAGUAUUAUACGGUAUUUUAAUGUUAUUGUUAAUAAAUUUUGAAAG